AUGAUACAGACCAAUAAUCACCAUCUGAAUUAUGCCAAUAUCAGUCCGCAACGAAUAGCGACUUCUGCACUAUCUCUGGAUCCCAAAUCCUUGUUGUAUGCCGAACAAGAAAAGCUAUUGGUAAAACGCGGGAAAUACGAAGGAGAAUUGAUGGCAAAGAGUCAACAUCAGCCAGUACCAUUGGAGCCAAAUGUUGUCAAGGGUGCCAGUGGUGGUGGUGGUUUUGGAGGUAGUGGUGGAAGUGGUGGUGGUGGUGGAUCUGCCAAGAAGAACUUGUUGAAAACCCAAGCCAAGGCUCAUGCCAAAGUACUCAAAGAACGAGGCGUGGUACGAAUUGACAAUGUCUUGUCCAAAGAUCUUGCGGAUACCAUUCGAGAGCGGGUAUAUCAAAUGCGACAAGAAUCCGAAGAAUUGGUCCAAUCUGGUUCCCUGCCCAGCCUCGCCCGAUUUGCGGAUGUUCUCUUGAAAGAAAAUCGGUGCGACAUGACCAUUCCGUUGGGCACCACAUGCGACGACAAGGUGGAAGAAUGGGUGGCUCAAGCCUUGGCAAGUGUGCUAGUGGAUUCCCCGGUAGGAAAUACCUACCAAAACUUGUUGGGCAAGGACGCCAUUCUACGAGAAUGGAGCUGUCUGAUGAGUGACCCGUCCAGCCAACGCCAAGUCAUGCAUCCAGAUACCCCGUAUCAAGAGGAACCAGUCUUGUAUACUUGUUUCAUUGCUUUGCAAGACAUUGAUUUGGAUAUGGGUCCGACGACGUGGAUGCCUGAAACUCACGUCUCCCAAGAAAUACACGACCAAUUCCAAGAUGACACCAAAUCCAGUGGCAAUAAUGACCUCCUCUCUCCCAAGGACGAACUGCUAAUGAGCAAACCCACUGUGUUAGGUACCAUAUCCAAAGGUUGCUGUGCCAUUUUCGAUUCCCGUUUGCUCCAUGCAGGUGGUGCCAACACUUCCACAACAAGUCGGGCCCUCUUGUAUUGUACCUUUCAAAACCCCAAGGUGACCAAUGUGGGCAAUCCUGGAAGCAUUCGCAACAACUUGAUUGGUCAAUGGACGCUGCAAAAGCUUCAAAAGGAAUUGACCAAGUAUCAAAAGGGAAAACCAUCAGAAGUGUACGUAUAG